AGCAAAAAAAAAACUACUAACAGAGAUAACAUUGUAAGAGACACACACACAGCUUGUGCACUAGUUAAAGUAGGCUAACUCUGUUCACAACCACACACAAUCACACGUGUACACACACACACAGUCACACACGUGUACACACACACACGCGAACACGUGUGUACACACGAAUGCGGUAGUGAGUUUGGACGUAGUCAUAUAUAGGCUGGUCGCUUCCAUAGCCGUGUACAACAAGUUAUCUCGUUAUACUCCGUGUUAGGCGGUCUAGUUACGUCUCUAACAGCUACAAGAACCCGGGCAGGAGCGACUUCCUUGAAACAAAAUCAUCCCAUCGGAGCAUUGACGAGGAGAGGAGGAGAAGGGGUGUUUGGACAUGGCGGAGGGCGAGGUGGACAUCGCAUCGCUGGAGGAUUCGUUUAAAAAGUUCGCCGUCCUGGGAGACACGAAGGCCACGGGCAAGGAGCUUAACGGCAAAAACUUUGCCAAGCUGUGCAAAGACUGCAAGGUCAUCGACGGCAAGGCAAUCACAUCAACCGACGUCGACAUCGCGUUCUCCAAAGUCAAACAGAAGGCGGCACGGGUGAUCACGUUCGAAGAGUUCAAGGAGGCGCUUCAGCAACUCUCGUGUAAACGCUUCAAGGACAAGGAUGAGCAGGAGGCCCUAGAGGAGACGUACAAGCUCAUCGCUGGGAAGUCCCCCAUCAUCCAUGGGGUCACGAAGGCGACGAACAAGGGCGGCGUUGGCCGGCUGACGGAUCCCUCCAAGUACACGGGAACGCACAAGAUGCGGUUCGACGAGACCGGCAAGGGGAAGGGCAAGGCGGGCCGGGAAGAUAUCCCCGACACGCGAGGAUACGUGCACAGCUACAGGGACGCGGGCACGUACGACCAGAAAGUGAAAGGUGCCGUCGCGUCUCCCAAUGCCAAGAAGACCUAACGGCACGGGUGCUACCUGGCCCACGGUCACCAUAUUUUCCCUGCCUCACUUUCCACUAGGUCACUCGUCCAAAUAAAUAGCUUUUAAAAGUAUGGGGUUUUUUUCACGAAAAGAGGCAUUUACGGAUUUGUACACGUGUGGAAUUUAGCAGGGAAAAUAGUGUACCCUCUGUAUUUGAGUCUUUUUUUUCCCGAACUGCUUUCCCAAGCAGACGUUUCUACUGCUAGUUAACUUCCUCUGCCACGUCGAUGCAUAUAAAUAUAAAGCCUAACAUUACAUUGCCAAUAUAUGUAACUGCUGCCAUCCUAUGCCUUAUCAGUUAAAAGGUUAAAUAUGCACAGAGCGCUGGAAGGAAUUGUGACCAAAGUGACACAGAUAUUCAUUUUGUCUCUCCCCCUGGCUUCAUGGUGGUGCUUGCUAAUAAUGAAAAAGGUACAGUACAAAGAUUACCCUGCCCUCCCCCCAUCAGGGACGAGUGUGCCAGCCGAGGUUUUUGGUUUCUGGUUGUAGGGAGAUACCUUACACCAUUCCCCUAACACAUGCACGUAUAUGUGUGCACGCGUGUACAGCUGUAGUGAAACCACUUCCCCCCCCCCCCCACAUAUAAAAGUCCCCGUCGCACAAAGAAAGUAUUUGAAUGACAAGCAAAGGUUCUUGUGCCCAUGACUGUAGCAGAUGCACACCUUGGGUGUGGAAAUGGAUGAGUGAUUAGUCUAUGUCAAAAUGUCAGAGCUCGUGCACUCCAAAUGACAUCACGCUAAGCCGAUGACAUCACCCCGAGAGAUUUUAUAACUUUUGAAAAUAACACGUCCACGUACAAAACGAGAUGAUAGCACAGGUUGAAGCCAGGUAAUAAUGGUAAUUUAAUUGAAUGCCCAUCGGUCUCGAGUGGCAAAUGUCAAACUGAAGACGUCAAACGAGGCACCAUUGUUUAGUAUUUGUUUAUUUGUCCAAGGGAGCCUCAUUGAGUCUUAAGACUUUCGCAAAGGGGGUUUUAAUGGGCACCUGUCACAACGCCUGUGUGUUUGCUGAGAUUCGGACAUUCACAGGCAAGACCGCAGCUCAUAACUUGCCCGCUUGACAUCUAAGCCCACUUUGUAAGGCUUUAAUGUCUACCUUUUUGAGGAUUUAAAUUUGUAUUGAACAUAUGCUGUGCAGUAUAUUGUUUUACAUUACAUUAUACUGUAGUUAAGUUAUAUACAGCGUGGGGUUCAGUUUACAUGCUUGUAUACGCACUAUGUGCAAGGGACACACACUGCCAUUUGUCCUUUCAUCAACUCCCACAAUCGAAUUAAAUGCAAAAUGUGUGAGCGGAGUGGUGGUGAGGAGAGACUCAACUGAGACUGAAGUGUCAUUACAUGUACGUCAGGCUUGGCCUGUGCACACCUGAUGCCCCUUUAUAUGAGGAAAUGGCCCAGCUUUUUAUAAUUUGAUUUCUUCCACCUGCUCGGUGAAGUCUGGGAAGCCAGGCCGCGGCCGGUUUAGCAAGUAGAAACGAAGUUCAAGUUCGUAGGUGCAGUGCUUGUAUCGGUACAACCUGUUUACUCACAGGAGAUCCUGCCUUGCUUUCCGUUUAUAACAAAGUAUCACCGUGAACCUCGCUGAUUUGCAGUUGGAAAUGUUGACCUUUUUUUUUUUAAUCAAAAGAUAUUUUAGUCUUGAAGAGAUGGGAAUGUUUAAAUAUAUUAAGUGCUAAAGGCAUUUUUUUUUAAAUAAAGUGAUAAAUAACUAAAAAAUCAUGCAUAUUUGUUAACGGAUUAUUUUUAGGAAAAAAAUCUCGGCUGCAGUUUUUUUUACUUUGGCCAGUGGUUGCUUUGAGGGCAAAUGCAAUGGCUUUUUAUUUGCUUUGGAUGUAUGUGCAACUUUAAAAUGUUGCACCCAAUAAAUGCAGUAACUUGGAGACUUUCACAGUGGUCUUUAUAGUUCAUCUGAAAAAAAUUCUUACUGCCGAAUGUGACACAUCUGUGGCGUGUGACUACGCUUGAAAUUGGAAUGUAAACAUAUAGCUUUAAAGUGCUUUUGCACCAGCUUAAACUCGGCUCACAUGUUGGAGCAUGAUUGAUGGGCCCGAUUAGCGAUGAUGUCACAUGUUUAAGGCCGACCAGCCACCUCUCCUGCAAAGUGUCUAAAUGGCAGGCACUUUUGCAAUGAUACCCCAUUGGCUGCUGCAGACAUGCAGCACAUUGACUGGCGUCUGUGUGGUUGAAAUCUGGCUGCUAAUCGCAGAAAGCCAAUUGGCUGGGCAUUCAUGGUGAAGCCUGUUUCGCUAUCUAUUAUACGCAGCCUGUUGUCGACCUCUUAUGUUGGAGCCUAAAUAUUAGUCGGCCCUUGCAUGUGGCCGAUUUCUUGGCACCUAUGUUGCUGGUUGUUGGGAGCGUUGUGUUGUGCAGCUCAGUCGGUUGUUCUUGCAUAUCACUUCUUGACCACUGCAGUAGCGCUUGCAGCCAGUUUGGGGGUGGAUGUUAUAACUUUGAUUGUUAAGAUGUAAAAUUUCCUUUUGUAUGUAACAUUAUCAUUAAGCUAUGGACUUACCAAUAUCACUGUGCGAACAGUAAUUUCUCCUGUGCCCAGUGAUUGUACUACGCAUGAUUUGUCUGUAUUGCAUGAACUGUUAUACAGAUGUCUGUUGUCCAAAUGUACAGUAGCAGGGCUUGAAUAUUAAGUUAUACACAAAAUAUGAAACUAAAUCAAUAAUUGGUUUGUUUUAUAUAUAUACAGUAUAUUAUUGCACAUCACUUAAAAAAUGUUAGAAUUUGUUGUUAGCAAUAGUAUGUUUACAGAAAGUAGCUCAUUUUAAAAACCAGUGUUAAACUUAAAGUGUCAUUUUACUUAAAUCACUUAAAUAUUCAAGACCAAAUCACUGAAAGCAAUACUUACGCCUUAUUAAUGUUGUCUCUUAAAACCUAUUUUUAACCUGGAGAGAUUGCCAUAAAAACAUGCAGAAGAAUGGACGGAGGCAUAACACAAUUUUACAGCUACGUAUUUUAAUUUGGUUUCAUUGUAUUUAAGUCUUGAAGCAAACUUGUGUAACAGUACAGAUGCAACCAAUUUUAUUUUUUUUGCUUCAAUAAAUUACAUUUUGGGGGAAAAA